GCAAAUCCCAUCGUUCGACAUUUUCCAGUUCAUCUGGAAAGCAAAUGCAAUUAUCUCCCGUCGCAGGCAGGGCUGAUUGGGGCUAUUUAUUUGAGGCCUUGAGCGGCCGCUGCGGGGGCCGGCGGGGCCGGGGGCCGAGGUGUGGCGAAUUCCGGCGCGGAGCCGAGCGCUGCCCUAAUUGGGGACGCGUGAGGGGCAGCGCCGCGGGCACAGCGGGCACAGGAGCCACCCCGAGUCCUCCUAAACGCCGAGCCGAGCGCUCCUAAAUGAUCUCGUUAGCGGCGGGAAUCAGGCUGGGAAUUGUCCGUGCGGAAAAAUGAAGAGGGAGGGUGAGAGGCGACAGAUCCUGGCUGGGAUUCAGCUGCGGAGAGGGGGUGGAGGGUCCUGCCCCGUGAGCAGCCCAGCUGGGAUAUUCCAAGAAUAACCUCGUGGCUUCUCCCGCUGGAAGAGCGUCGUUGUGGCGGUCGCAGCAGCAGCGAUGCCAUUUUGGGGUCAAAUUGCAGCUUUUGCCCUUUUUCCUGGGCUGGAGCAGGUGGUGGCUGGGCCGCCCCUCCCAGCUGCAACAAUUCGUUUCCGAAUCGCUUUUUGUUUGUAAACUAAAGUUUCAUGGAGAAUGUUUGGCAAAAGGGAGGAAAUGUUCUGAGGCUGGGCAGGGCGGGGUUCGUGGAUCCCGCAGCAUCCCGGACGAACCUGGUACCCGGCGCUGCCGUUGCCAUGGGAACGCCGUUCCAAGUUCAGCCGGAUGAGCUGCAAAAUCUGCUCUGGGGGAGCCACCUCGGUGGUGUUCAGCUGCCAGGAGAAGGGCACGGGAGCUCCCUACGCUGCCAAGAUCCUGAAGAAAACGAUCGACAAAAAGAUCGUGAGGACGGAGAUCGGGGUCCUGCUGCGGCUCUCGCACCCCAACAUCAUCAAGCUGAAGGAGAUUUUCGAGACGCCCUCGGAGAUCGCGCUGGUGCUGGAGCUGGUGACGGGGGGAGAGCUGUUCGACAGGAUCGUGGAGAGGGGGUUCUACAGCGAGCGGGAUGCGGCGCACGUGGUCAAGCAGAUCCUGGAGGCUGUUUCGUAUCUGCACGAGAACGGAGUCGUCCACCGGGACCUGAAGCCGGAGAACCUGCUCUACGCAGACCUGUCCCCCGACGCGCCCCUCAAAAUCGGUGACUUCGGGCUCUCCAAGAUCGUGGACGAACAGGACACCAUGAAAACCGUGUGUGGGACGCCGGGGUACUGCGCCCCCGAGAUCCUGCACGGGUGUCCCUACGGGCCGGAGGUGGACAUGUGGAGCGUGGGCGUCAUCACCUACAUCCUGCUCUGUGGCUUCGAGCCCUUCUUCGACCCGCGGGGGGAUCAGUACAUGUACGGCCGCAUCCUCACCUGCGACUACGAGUUCGUGUCCCCCUGGUGGGACGAGGUGUCCCCGAACGCCAAGGACCUGGUCAGGAAAUUGAUGGUUCUGGAUCCCCAGAAGAGGCUGACGGUUCAGCAGGCCCUGGAGCACCCCUGGGUCACCGGGAAGGCGGCGAAAUUGGCUCACAUGGACAGCACGCAGAGGAAGCUGCAGGAGUUCAACGCCAGGAGGAAGCUGAAGGCUGCCAUGAAAGCCGUGGUGGCCUCCAGCCGCCUGGGCAACCACGGCCACCACGACUGCUCCCGCGGCGGCCGCGGCCAGCGGGGACCCCGGGGCCUGGCCCAGCCCGCGGGGAGCGGCGGCGCCGGGGCCAGCGCGGAGCUCAGCGCGUUCCAGAGCGACCACCCCGCCGUGGCCCCGGUGGCCCCGGUGGCCCCGGUGGCCGUGCCCGGCGCUGGCUGUGACAGUUAGCGGGCCCGGAGCGGGGACACCGCCGAGCCGUGGGCGCUGCCGGGCCCCGGGAGGGGCACGUCCCCUCUGGACAUCCUCGCGUCGUGUCCGUCGCCCCC